CUUAGAGUUUCCAGAGGUAAUGAGCUGCAGUGUAUGAGUGGACAGAGCGACUGUAUAGGAAUGGCGCGGUACGCACACCAUCCAUCCGGCCGUGGAAUGUGAGAAAUUUCCCACCCCGAUCGCGAAACGCGGUCAAGUUGCCAGAAAACGUAGCGACGCCCCCAGGAUUCACCGCAUCCAUGAGCCUGCCAUGCUCUGGUCCGUAGGUGCCAAAAUCGAAUGCUGUAUCAUUGAUCACAGCAAAUCGAAACCAAUCUCGAAGAGAACGAGGAACGGUCCCGCUGAGGACUAUCCGUGCGUAGCGCAUCUCCACCCCAGGGUCGACUCUCGGAUAGAUAAGCGUGCCGUUGUCGUAGAGCGGACUGUAGAUCUUGUGUAGCACCUCGACUUGCUCGGGAGAGAGACAGGUUACAUCUUCGGCUCGUGUGGAGCAAGCGAGUACAUCCGGACGGAAGAGGCAUGCAUCGGGCUCGGUGAUGAUCCCGUCACGAAUACCGUCUAGCAUGUCGCACUGAUGCAAGAUCUCUUCAGCGACAAGUUUCCAAUCCCGGGCGGACAGGAACGUAGGGGUCCCUGGGGCACCGAUGUAUCGACUAAGCAUGCCAGACCAGUGGAGGAGAUGAUUGAAGUCAGUGGCGGGUGCACCGGCCAGGAUUCCAUCAAAGUCCUCUGGGUACAUGAGGGCUUCCUGCGUUCCCUGUCGGCCGCCCGUCGAACAUCCUAGGUAGAAGGCUUUGCGGUGCGGCUGGCCGUAGUAUGCCUCGGUGAUCUGCUUCCCGACCACAGCCUCCACGUGGAUGGAGCGGUGAGCAAAGUCUUCGACGACCUCAGGGUUUAGGAAGAACGCCUCGCCGCUGUUGCCAUCGUGCCCGUUGUUUGAGCCGACGGCGGCGAAGUGGAGCGCAGAGCCAUAUGCGAGAUCUGCGAAGUGUAUACAUCCACCCAGCGCACCAUUCCCGACGCCCAGAAAGCGGCCAUGCCAUUCGUCAGGAAGCCAUGCCUCGGCGCGGAUCGACGAUCCUUCGCUUGUUUGGGUAACGAAUUGGACGCGACAGAGGGGUGUUGCUGUGCGCCCGGAGGAGUACGGACAGCUUUCGUGCGCCGGGAUGGUACUUCCUGCUGGGAGGAAAGAAGCCUCCACGACGGUAGUGUUCUCUACUCGAAGAGUGUCUUUCAGGGCAGCACAUCUGAGAUUUUGGGUGCUCGACAGCCAGCUUGCAGCAAGCGCAUUAUUGGCGAGGAAACGCGUGAGGGAUAGCACGGCAAGGCCAAGGUCCAUCAUGAUGAUAAUGUCGGUGAUGGUAUCAUGAUUACAGUGACAGGAUUGAUCGAUCCUCUUUCCUUGAGUCGGUUUUAUGUGCCCGCCUUUUGUUGGAAAUGCAGCGCUGAAUCUGUUCCAUCCAGACAAGUGACCGGGGAAGUCUCAGAUGCCAUGCUCUCAGGAAUCCAGACUCUCUAAAGCCAAUGUCGCAGAAUCAAUGCUUCGCGGAAUUGAUAAAAGUCCAUCUCCCGGAUUCAGGCCGAAGCGGCGGGCGAGGCAGAGCUUGUAGUGCUGCAAAUGCCGGUGACAGAUGGAAGCCGAGGGGCGAACGCGUUAGAUACGAAAAUAACAACUCCUGAACUUGGAGCAACAUGCCCGAGCACUUGGAGUCCCUAUUCAUUGCCGUCUCUGCUAGCAUUUCUAGAAGGCGGGCCAGCUUUCGCGCUACACCGUUUGAAGGUCGUCUCGCGUUACGGGUUGGCCCCAGGCUUCACUACCGGUGCUUUUGAUGAUGCCUCGUCUCUUCCGUCUCUACACAAGCUUGGCUCUUCCACACUGGCCAUCAAUCAUCAUCUCGGCCUGUCUCGAGGAUGUUUCACUGCAGCAUGGGAUCUAUCCCGCAGCCCUACGAGCACGGGACAGGAGCAGGGCCACUGAAGAACAAAAAAAGUCGAAAAGGGACGCGUAUAUGCUGCGAUGGUUUAAUCGGGAACUCAAUGAGACGAUAUCAUCGAGAAUGCACUCAAAUCUGAGCCGAGCUGAUUGGCCUGACUCGCCCAGAUCAUUUCAUUGGAAGAUUCAGGUCCUAGACCGUCGAGCAGCUAGCAGGCUGUGCUCGUUAGUCAGGCCUAUAUAACGCUCAAUGUGAGGAGAGCCCUCGGGGGUCACCAAUGCAUCGUGACCGAGACAUGUCACACGACACUUCUCUGCCUCCCACCACCAGCACUCAAGCGCCCUAUCCACCACUCUCGUUAACGACCAUCAUGCACGCUACUGCCCUCAUGUUCAUCUCCCUCCUCGGUCUCGCUCAGGCGCAUCCCGUCCGAAGAGCCUUGACUGACCCGCAAGUCCUCAACUUUGCCCUGACGCUAGAACACCUCGAGUCCGCCUUCUACGAUCAAGUCCUCUCUCGUUUCUCGCCCGCCGACUUCUCUUCUGCUGGAUUUCCAGACUGGGCACGUGGGCGAUUCAAGCAGAUUCAAGCGCACGAGGCCUCUCAUGUCACCUUCCUCACCACUGCUCUGACGGCUGCUGGUGCUAAAGCAGUCGAUAGCUGCCAGUACAACUUCGGUAUCACCGAUGUUUCUUCUGCGGUGGCUGUAAGCGCUAGUCUUGAGGCGGUGGGAUCUGCUGCGUACACUGGCGCAGCUCAGUACAUCAACGAUAAGAACUAUCUCACCGCCGCCGCGAGCAUCCUUGGAACCGAGACGCGACACGCCGGU